AUGGGUCUUACAUUCUCAAAGUUGUUCGAUAAGCUCUGGGGAAAGAAGGAGAUGAGAAUCUUGAUGGUUGGUUUGGAUGCAGCCGGAAAGACCACAAUUCUAUACAAGCUGAAACUUGGUGAAAUCGUCACAACUAUUCCCACGAUUGGUUUCAACGUCGAGACUGUCGAGUACAAGAACAUUCAAUUCACCGUAUGGGAUGUCGGUGGACAGGACAAAAUCCGACCUCUGUGGAGACAUUACUUCCAGAACACCCAGGGUAUCAUCUUCGUUGUUGAUUCCAACGAUCGUGAUCGUGUUGUUGAGGCUCGGGAGGAGUUGCAACGCAUGUUGAACGAGGACGAGCUGAGGGAUGCCAUUCUUUUGGUCUUCGCUAACAAGCAAGAUUUGCCAAAUGCCAUGAACGCUGCCGAGAUCACAGAUAAGCUGGGCCUCCACAGCUUGAGACAACGUGCCUGGGUAAGUUUAAUAUUUGCUCGAGACAUACCAAUUCCUAACUUCCGCAGUACAUUCAAUCCACCUGUGCUACCUCCGGAGAUGGUCUUUACGAAGGAUUGGAGUGGCUCGCGCAGUCCCUCCGAAAGGCUGGACACCAGUAAAUUUGGCGUCAUCUCUUCCAUCAUUCGAUUGUCUUCACGAGCUCCCAAAAAUACAAUCGAACAAACGUCCAUACACCUUCCCAUCUCUCGGUCAAUGGUGCUCUCCAUCACGAAUCAUUCAGGUCUCUUCUCUUCCACUUCCAUAAGAGGCGCAAGGGUGGUCUUUGUACGAUGAAUCAAGCUGCUGAGUUUCCCUGGCUUUUGCAUCACAUUUAGCCCCGGAGGAAAUUGCAGGGCUCGUUCUUCCCUUUAUUUUUGCGCGCGCGGUGUCCCUUUUUUUUCGGCCUUUCGACUUUCCUACCUCUACCGGUGCAAUCUUGUGUGUUUCAGCAUGGUAUAAAAGCUUGCGGUAGAUGGAGGUUCAUGGUAGUCUAGCCCGGAAUUGAUCCCACAUUAGAAAAUACACUCCCCUGUCUGGC